AGAGAUACGUAUAUUUAUUAUGUCUAUUUUCUCUCUCUUUUCUUUCUUUUUUCUCUGUCUUCGUCUCUCUCAUCUCAUCUUCACCAUAUGAACUCCAUCUUCGUUUAGUCGAAUUUUAAUUAGAGAUUAGACGGAAUCGUUUCAUCACAGUUUAAUCAUGAUUACUGAGGAUCUACUGAAGAUUAGCUCGAAUCAAGCUGUUAGUUUUGGCGAAGAUAUAUCUGGUAUAAGUAACAGCUAUUGUUCGAUUCAAAAUGAAGAAGUUGAUUCUAGUUGUACCAUUAGUCCAGGUGGCCGAAAGUACUAUGUCCCUGUUUGUGAAGAUCAUCUAAAACCAUUUGUUAAAAAAUCGUUUCCAACUUUGGAGUCUGGUAUUGCUUUUUAUGAAGAUUAUGCACUGCUGAGCGGAUUUGAUAUACGUCGUAGUGCUCAAAAAACAGAUCCUGCAGAUGAGACUGUUAUAAGUAAGUACCUUCUUUGUAAUAGAGCUGGUUUUACUGAAGUUAAGAAGGCAUCUUUAGAUUGCAGCAAGGGCAAAACACGUAAAAAGAGGACUAUGUCAGGGAGAUGUGGUUGUGAGGCAAAAUUGGUGUUAAGAUUUGCUCCAGGGAACAUAUAUUUUGUUUCCAAUUUUGUUGAAGCUCAUAAUCAUUCAUUGGUUGCUGAAGAUUCCAGGCAUUUUUUAAAAGGACGUCGUAAAAUGUCGACUUGUUCUAUGAAUUAUGUAUUUGAUGCUAGUAAAGUCAAUAUUGGUGCAAGCAAAUCUUUUAGGAUGAUGAAAGAGUUAGUUAAAGGUUAUGAAAAUGUUGGAGGUACGUCGAGAGAUUUUAGGAAUUUUGAUAGAGAUAUGAAAGCUUUUAUUGGUGAAGCUGAUGGUCAAAUGAUUAUUGAGAAGUUCAAGGUUUUGCAAGAAACAGACCCCAUGUUUUUUUACGAGUAUGAUGUUGACCCAGCUGGCAAUCUUACCAAACUAUUCUGGGCUGAUUCGACGGCAAGGAGAAAUUAUGAACUAUAUGGAGAUGCUGUUUCUUUUGAUCCAACAUUUAAUACAAAUAAGUACAAUAUGGUGUUUGCUCCCUUUACUGGUGUUGAUAAGCACAAUAAGUGUGUGACUUUUGCAUCCACUCUUCUUUCGAAAGAAGAUGUGACAAAUUUUACUUGGGCGUUUAAUGCAAUGUUGAAAGCUAUGAGGAGAAAUCCCGUCGUUUUAGUCACUGAUCAGUGUCUUGCUAUGAAACAAGCCGUCCCUGAAUGUUUUAAAGCAACCGAUGAAUUUCCUGCCUCCAGGCACCGUUUGUGCAUGUGGCACAUCACUGAAAAGUUUCCCGCUAAGCUGGGCCACUUCUUAUGCAAAGAAACUGAUUUUAUGGAAAAGAUAAAAAAGUAUAUAUGGUCAUCUACGAUAGAGCCUGAUGAGUUUGAGGAGGGUUGGAAAUCAGUAAUGGAAGAGUUUAAGUUGGGGGAUCAUGUUUGGUUAUCAGAUUUGUAUGCUAUGAGGGAGUCAUGGAUCCCUGCAUAUUUUCGUGAUAAACCAAUGUAUGGGUUGAUUAGGACGAUGUCGAGGUCUGAGAGUGAAAACUUUUUUUUUAGCCAGUUUCAUCAAAGUGGAAGUACAUUGUCUGAGUUUUACAUUCGGUUCGAAAGUGCGAUGGAUAAGCAACGUAAUGAAACUAAAAAUUUGAAUCAUGUGGAUUCAUCUGCCAAACCAGCUACAGUUUCUACAUUAUUUCUUGAGGAUGAUGCCGCAGAGUUAUACACUCGUGAAAUUUUUUACAAAAUUCAAGAGGAAAUUUUGGCAGCUCGUGAUGAUAUGCGAAUUCAAACUAUUGGUCCUGAAGUCAAUGGUAUGAAGUGUUAUGAAAUGAAGGACGUGAAAAUGAAAGAUAAGCUUUUUAAGGUUGAAGUUAGUAGAACACAUGCUAAUUGCUCCUGUAAGAAAUUUCUAAUGUGUGGGAUUCUUUGUCGGCAUGCAUUUUGUGCACUUAAUCAUUUCGAAGUGGUAAAGAUACCUAGGCUUCUUGUUCUCAAUCGGUGGAUGAAAAAUGCUGAAAAUAAGGCUUCACUACAAAUGUUUGGAUUAUUGGAUGAUCAUCAGAACAAGGAAUCUGUUUCUGCAGAAUUGGCAAAUGUUUGGUUUACAUUUCACAAGUGUGUGACUGUAGCAGGGACAGAUCUUGUCAAACUUAAGCAAAUCAGUACCGCAGUAAAGGAAUUACAUGUAUCUUUUGUUGAUGAUGGUGCAAGCUUUAACAAGAAAGAUUUCUUGGGGACUUUGAUAGGUAACAAACCAGUUGGAGAGAUAAACAUUCAUCCACCAGUACAAUGCAAGAACAAAGGCUCUGGUCUGAAGAGGCUUCUUAGCGAAAGGGAGAAAGCGAUAAAACAAAUCGAAAAAAAGAAGCGGAAAUGCAAACUUUGUGCUUCUACUGUUCAUGACCAAAGAACAUGCCCUAAGAAGAAGAAAGUUGAUUGAGUGGAAGUUAUGACAGAAGUGGAUAGAGAGAUAUGAUGUCAAGUUAAAACUUUUAUAUAAGCAUGAUGUUCAACAUUUUUUGUUUUCAGUUACAUGGAUAUUUUGAUGUUAUGUGUGUUUUAAAUUUUUGGUGAUUUUUAAUGUGUAAUUGAUGAUUUUAUAUUUGUCUACUAA